GAGGCGGAGCGGGCGCGGCUCGGGGCUGCGCCGGGCGGGCGGAGCCGCCCCGCAGGGCCGGCGCAGAAGGAGCCUGUGCCGGCGGCGGGCGAGUGGCGGGGUGGCGACACGUGCGUGCGGCGGGGCCCGGAUGCCGCGGCCGGCGGGCCCGCCGAGCCGGCCGCCCACGGCGAUGAUCGCGGAGAAGCUGCGGGAGGCGCUGGAACCGGGGCGGCGGGAGGCGGCGGCGGAGCUGGGCCGGCCGCUGGCCGCCGCCGCCCGCUCCGUGCUGCAGCAGCGCAUCGAGUUCGUGCCCGCGCGGCGCGGCCUGGCCGGGCAGCUGGAGCGCCUGCGGGACAAGUACGAGCACAUCGCGGCCGAGGCGCUCGGCGUCACCGGCAGCCCUCCGGAGCGGCCGCAGAACCCCCGGGGACACGGCCGUGCCCUGCCGGGGGCCGCGGGUGACGGGAUCCCCGCGCCGCAGAAGGUGCUGUUCCCAGCCCAGAAGCUCUCCAUGAAGUGGGAGCGGGUCCACCGUGUGGGCGCCGGGCUGAGCAACCUGGGGAACACCUGCUUCCUGAACUCGGCGCUGCAGUGCCUGACCUACACGCCGCCGCUCACCAACUACCUGCUGUCCCGGGAGCACGGACGCACCUGUGAGUGGGGACACCGGCUCGGGGGCCGGGAGGGAGGAGCAGCGUCUGCCUGUCUUGUGCUCAGCACUUCUGUGCCUGGCUCUGGUGCCCACGGAAGCUUCUGCAUGAUGUGCACUAUGCAGAACCACACGAUACAGGCUUUUGCCAACAGCGGCAAUGCGAUAAAGCCACUCUCCAUCAUUAGAGACCUCAAGAAGAUUUCCCAUAACCUGCGCUUCGGCAGGCAGGAGGACGCACACGAGUUCCUGCGUUACACCAUCGAUGCCAUGCAGAAGGCCUGCCUGAAUGGCUACACCAAGUUGGAUCGCCAGAGCCAGGCCACAACUCUGGUUCACCAGAUCUUCGGUGGUUACCUCCGGUCCCGUGUGAAAUGUUUGGAGUGCAAGACUGUCUCGGAUACCUAUGACCCUUAUUUGGAUGUGACACUGGAGGUCGAGCGAGCUGCAAACAUCGUGCGGGCCCUGGAGCUGUUUGUGAAGCCAGAGCAGCUGGGUGGGGACAACGCUUACAGGUGUAGCAUGUGCAGGAAGAAAGUGUCGGCCAGCAAACGUUUCACCAUCCACCGAGCCUCCAACGUUCUCACAAUUUCACUGAAACGCUUUGGCAGCUGCAGCUCUUCAGGUGGAAGAAAAAUCACCAAGGACGUGGGAUACCCUGAGUUCUUGGACAUCCGCCCAUACAUGUCCGAGCCCAAGGGUGACCCUGUCACGUAUGGACUCUAUGCAGUGCUGGUGCACUCUGGGUACAGCUGCAACGCAGGGCACUACUUCUGCUACGUGAAGGCCAGCAAUGGGCAGUGGUAUCGAAUGAAUGACCAUGAGGUCCACCCCAGCAACAUCAAGGUGGUUCUCAACCAGCAGGCCUAUGUGCUGUUCUACCUGAGGCUGUGCAGCCCCAGGAAGAGCCCAGCAGGGCCCACGGCCACGGCUGCUGCCUUCAGCCUGCCCAGCUGCUUUGGCAGUGACUCCAAGCAAAUGAGGAAAACUGAGAUUAACGGGACCCUGUCUGUGCCACCGACGGGCACGAAACAAGACAGGCUGCUGGGGAAGGGGCUGCCAUGCCCGGGUGAUGUUGGAGUCCCUGUUGCCCGCAGCUCUCUUGGGAUGGGGUCAAAGCUGACAAAUGGAAUUGCUCUGUCAAAGCUGCCUUCUCAGACCCCAUCAUCCAAACUGCCCCACAAAGCCACCCACGAGGCCACGCCACUGGGCUGGGACACAGUCCAGAGGCUCAAGAAGCCACAGACACCUGGCAUGCCCAGAGCAGGCUUCCAUGUCACCAGCACCAUGAGCGGGGCCAAAGCAGGGCUGCCCCCACGGGGCUCAGACAGUGAGAAGCCACCUACCUCAUCCAAGCUGCUGAAGUCCAGUCAGGAGCCCAGUGGCUUUGGGGCAAUGGCCAGGACCCUGAAGAAGGAUUCCCAGCACACAGUAGGGCAGCUGGCUAAGGAGACCCACAAGGCCAAGAGCAAUUCCAGCAGCUUCUGCACCUCUCAGGGAAGGGACUCUGGCACUGACCUCCCCGCUGGCCCUGGCACAAAGCCGGCUGUCCCUAAAGACUCUGACCUGGCUGCCCCCAAAAGCUGUGGGACAGCCACUGUGAAACCCUCCCCACUGGGCAGCGCCACGCUGGAGUGGGGCAGCGCCACGGCACCACUGCUGCCUAAGAAACCAGUGCUCUCAGCCAAAAAGGGCAAACCCUCUCAAAAGGUGAGCGUGAGUGGCCACCAAGCACAGUCCCAGCCUUCAGCCACCACCCAUCCUGACUCCACUCCUGGGCCUCUGGGCCAGUCCAGCAGGGAGACGGGAUCUGGCCAGGUGGAACCAGAGGGUUCCUUCAAAAAGAAGCGGCGGAAGAGGAAGCAUCGUAGCACAGACAGGAGCCCUUGUGCUGUGGCUGUGAAGGACAUGGAUGAAGUCUCCAGUCCUCCCAAGAAGGAGAGAAUUGUUUCUGCAGAGGGCUUCAAGGACAAAGACUCCAGGCCCCCCAUGACAGAGAGCAUUGGCUCUCAGAAGGAUUUCUUGUCUGUCAUGGGGAAGGAGGUGGAAGACAAGGGUCCCAGCCAUGGUCUGGUCUGUCAGGACAUGAAGAGUGGGCCCAAGCAACGCAUACCAGAGACGAGUAUUAGCCUGGGCAUGGAGCCAACUUUCCCCGUCAAGAGGAGGAAGAAGAAGAAGAAGAAUAGGAGCAAAGACUGGCCUUUGAAGAAGACAGAAGAGUGCAGCUCUGGGAUGCUGUCUUCGGACAGCUCCAGGACAACUGAGCCAGAGCCCUCUAAGACACAUCAGAGCGUGGAGGAUGGAGAGCACAAGCACCGCAAACGCAAGUGGACGGAGAGCCUCAGCAGCCUGGCUGCCAACACUGUCCCCACCACCAGCGCCCCAGUGACAGCAACUCCCAGUGACAGCCGGACUGGGGAUGAGAGGCACCCCCUGGCUGCCCUGAGCCCUGUGGCCAGCAGCUGGGCUGGCACAGCCCCUGAGGACCCGGAGUCCAGCGUGGUGAGCAAGCUGCUCCAGAACUCCUUGGACAAGGCUUAUGGCAAACAAGUCUUGACCUGGCAGGGUGAGGUUUCGGCCGUGAGCCAGGAUGCCAUUCGGGACACGGCACUGGCCCAAAGCAAGACCGUCAUUGAUGAGUGGGACCAGGAGUUCGACAGAGGAAAGGUAAAGAAAAUAAAGAAGAUUAAGCAGGAGCGGAGGAGAGACUCAAAUCCAUUCCAGAAGUUGCAGAACAAGCGCAACUUCUGGUUGAUGUCACAUCCUGCUAAGAUGGCCAGCCUGGGCCACCGGCUCUCAGGUUGAGAUCUGCAUCCCUGACUGCUCAAGGAGCAGUCCCAGGUGAAGGACCGAGGGCAGCACUGUCCUGUGAGCUGUUGGUGGACCAUGCUCAGAGGGGAGGGAAUACAGCUGCAGCCCAGGGGUUGUGCCUUUUCCUUCGGGGAGCUGCUUUUCCAGCCGCAGAGGAGCCUGCCCACUCUGCCUUGCCUCCAACCUGCCUCGGCCAGGCUUCUCGUCAGCCUCUCCGUGCCUCUUCCCCUCCUUCCCCUGCCCGCACCCGCGGGGGCUCCUGGCAAAGUGCCUCAAGCCUGUCCCUGCUGCUCCGUGCUGCUGUGCCUCCCCUUCCCGGCCACACCGACCCUCACCUUCCCCUGCUCCCCUCCCUCCAUGACCCCCAUCCCCUGCACGAGCUGCACUGGAAGCCUCCCGCGCCCCCCGUGGGCCCGGGCCCGCGCUGGCGCGGGGGGCACCGGGGGAUCCCCGCGGGGCCGGAGCGCUGCCGCCGGGGCCACGGGCAUUGAAGGAUGGGAUGGAAUAAAUCCCGGUCUUUGUCA